AUGGAAGUACUUAUGCUUGAGAACCAAGCAGAUUCACCCCGGCAAAGCAGCAAUUCUUUCAACAAGCAGUCUGCGCUUGUCAAUAGCGGUUUGACCUUUAGAUCUUCUGACGCUUUCAAUUUCAAUUUCAAUAUCUCCAGCUUUGUCAUUCCCCGCCGGAAUCAAACAUUAGAGAAACGAUCAACUCGGGAUGUCGUACGCCAACUCCUCACCCCACCAUCGCAUGCCUUUGUUCACGGCGUAUUAUCGAUAAAUUGGGUAGUUGGGACUGUUGGAAAAGAGCAAUUCAGGCCACGGGAGUCUGACGAGCGACUCGUCCUAAAGCGGUCCUCCGAGUUGCGACUCCAGGGCGCUUCCCUAGGUCUGCCAGGGGCAUAUCACGGUUGGUUAUGUGGCGAUGAUCCCGAUUAUACAUCUACGGAGGAGAGCAUGAUACUGACGCCAGAGUUCUUCAAAACCGAAUUUGCUAGAGAUUAG